AUGGAAAAGUUAGUUCAAAUUGAGUGCGUCAAAAAACAAUUAAGAAACGCCCCUCGUAGCGCAAUAAGUGCUUUGUAUAGGUUAAUAUUCGUGGAAGAGGGCGAUCGAAAAAAUAGAAGCAAGUUGCGUGAGUUCUCCGGAUUCAUAUUCGCGGAUGAAUCAGAGGAAUUCCGGAAGAAGUUAGAUUACGCUAGUGCUUUUUCGGUUGGUGAUCUAACCUCAAUUUGUAAUGUAUUGGGUUUAAGUUAUCGAGGCAACAAAGAACACCUCAGGCUUAGUAUUAUUCGUGCGCUUAUGGACAUAAAUACUUUGGCCGAGCCCAAUCCAGAAAACGAGUCAGAAGACGAGCAUGAGUCUGGGGAUGACGGUUUAGUAGAUGACAAAAGUAAUUUUGAGAUUCCGGAAGACGAUAAUGAUGACAAAGACGUAGGUGAGUCAGAAAUAGAUGAGCGUGAUGGGGAAUCUUAUCAAGACGAUAUACCGACAGGUCCGCGAAAAUCGCAAGCUGUACAUUUUUCCUUAGGAUUCAAAGAUAUUGAGGAAACAAUUCGGGACUUUGACGGUAGUGAGAAUUUCCCAAUAGAAAGAUGGUUGGCUGACUUCGAAGACGCAGCUGCCUUGUUUCAGUGGACAGAUUUGCAGAAAGUUAUUUUCGCGAAAGGGUCACUGAAGGGAUUAGCUAAGCUUUUUAUUUAA